UAAACAGUCACUCCCACUCACCAAGUUAGAUUUCUGUUCCAGUCACUCCCACGGUUUAAAAAGAAACAAGCUGUUUUAGUUAGCACUGAGACAUUUCUUUUUUACCAGCAGAGACCAGGAAACUUAAACACCCAGCAGUUUUAAAGAAAACUCUACGAACAGACAAGGAUAUGGAGGAUGCAGACUCUUCUCAUCAGGAGUAUAUUAUCCGAAGGGAAGUUCUGGAUGAAUCCCGUUUGGAUGUGGUUGCACAAAAAGGGAAAUGGACCCACAAACCAACUGUGGGUGAACGGAUGAAGGAGAUGCUAAGGUGUUCUGUGCCACGGCUGAAGGACAUAGUCCUGACCUGGAUACCCGUUCUAGCCUGGCUGCCUAAAUACCCGUUUCGAGAAAAUAUAAUUGGUGACCUGAUCUCUGGCUGUAGUGUGGGAAUCAUGCAUCUGCCCCAGGGCAUGGCGUAUGCUCUUCUGGCCUCCUUACGCCCUGUGUUGGGACUUUAUUCCUCCCUAUACCCGGUGCUGGUCUACUUUAUCUUUGGCACCUCCAGGCACAUUUCUGUGGGGACAUUUGCUGUGAUCAGCAUCAUGGUUGGAAGUGUGACAGAGAAGCUUGCACCAGACAGUAGUUUUUAUGUAAAUGGUACCAAUGGUACAGAGGGUUUGGACAUCACUGCAAGAGACUCGUACAGAACGCAGGUGGCCUGUUCCCUCACAGUCCUGGCAGGAAUCUUUCAGAUUCUGCUGGGGGUGGUCAGGUUUGGUUUCGUGGUGACCUACCUCUCUGAGCCGCUUGUUCGAGGCUACACCACGGCAUCAGCAUGCCACGUGUGUGUCUCUCAGCUGAAAUACUUGUUUGGAGUCACACCAGAUCGCUUCACUGGCCCUCUCUCCCUUAUUUAUACUAUAGUGGACAUUUGCAAACUCCUGCCUCAGACAAGAGUCCCAGAGCUGGUGGUCAGUCUAGUGUCUCUUACAAUUCUAAUCAUUGUUAAAGAAAUCAAUGGUUGCUACAGACGGAAGCUGCCAUUACCAAUCCCUAUUGAGCUCAUAGUUGUUGUUGGAGCAACAAUCAUAACCUACUUUUGUGGACUCCGCAGUGAAUAUUUAGUUGAUGUUGUUGGGGAGAUUCCCAGUGGGCUCAAGGUCCCCCGAGCUCCUGAUACAACUCUGUUCUCAAAGAUUAUAGGUGAUGCUUUUGCUGUGGCAAUAGUAGGCUACGCCAUCAGCAUUUCUCUGGGAAAAACAUUCGGCCUCAAACAUGGCUACAAGGUGGACAGCAACCAGGAGCUUGUUGCUAUUGGUCUCUGUAACGCCAUUGGUGGGUUUUUCCGUUGUUACGCUGUGACUUCCUCGUUGUCUCGGAGUCUUGUACAGGAGAGCACCGGGGGGAAAACACAAGUUGCUGGGGUGGUCUCCUCUGUCAUUGUGCUCAUCACAGUCUUGAAAAUAGGCUCCCUGUUUGAAGACCUUCCCAAGGCCGUCUUAUCUACAAUCGUUUUUGUGAAUCUGAAAGGAAUGUUCAAGCAGUUUAUGGACGUGCCCUUGCUGUGGAGGACUAACAAGGUUGACUUGCUAGUGUGGCUGGUCACAUUUGUUAGCACCAUCCUGCUCAACCUGGACAUGGGUCUGGCUGUCUCCAUUGGCUUUUCCAUACUCACAGUCAUCUUCAAAACACAACUACCUAGGUACUCAAUUUUGGGCAAUGUACCGGGCACAGACCUUUAUCUGGACAUAGAGGCUUACAAAGAGGCUAAAGAGAUCCCAGGAAUCAAAAUCUUCCGCUCCUCUGCCACUAUCAACUUCACAAACUCCGAAAUGUACUUGGAGUCACUUCAAGAGAAGAGCGGAAUUGACAUUGGAAAGCUGCACACCGAGAAGAAGAAACAGGAGGCCAAACAGAGGCGUCAACAACAGAGAGAGAAGAAAAAGGAAAAAGAUGAAGCAAAGAAAAAUAAGCUGAAUAACAGGAAGAAUAGUCAGAAUGGCAUGGUUUUGAGCGUGACAAGCACGGUUCCAAACUUGUCUGGGAAGGGCCAUGUUAACUGGGCUUAUCAUGCAGACAGGAUAACAUCAGACUCUGAUUCAGACACAUAUGAGGAUAUUACUGCGGUAUCACAAUCAGUGGAAGAGUGGAAAAACAGCAACUGCAGAUCUGGCACCCACAGCAUCAUUUUGGAUGUUUCAAUGACCAGCUCUGUGGACACGGUCACAGUAAAUACACUGAAAAACAUUUUCAGGGAUUUUGGAGACGUUGGCGUGGCAAUCUAUCUAGCUGGCUGUCAAGGCUGUGUGGUGGAGCAGAUGGAGAGGGCAAACUUCUUCUCAGAGUCCAUCCCAAAGAACUUGCUGUUUGUCUCGGUUCAUGAUGCAGUUCUUCAUAUUCUCGAGAAACAGGAAAAGGUGGAGAUCGCGCUUGACCUUCCAUAUGAUACCCAGAUGUGACCAGCAGGGGUCGUGAGUUUUCAAAUCCAGAUAUCUUCAGCUCGCCCUCUUUCUCUCCAUGUUUCAUCGCUCUGCAUUGGUUGCCAUGAUCUCCUCCCCCCUCAUUCAGCGGGGGAGAAACGCGCCACCUUGACAUGGCGGCCGGUUGCCAGGGAAACACAGGGAUCUGUUGCCGUGGCGACCAGCUUUUUAUGAUAUGGUAUAAUGAGACGGCUAGCAAUACGUCACUGCGGCUCUCUCUCUGUGUGGUGCUGCGUGUGAGAGAUGGCGGAAGGUGGGGGAUGAGUGGGAGAAUGUAACCCGGGACUAAUGAGACUCUGUUUUUAUGGCCUUCAUGAGAAGGAGCAAAGAGCGGGAGAGAAGCUGGGUGUAAAUGGAGGCUCAUGGUGCUGUGUGCCCAUCAGUUUACACUUUAGAAAAGAAAGCAUGAAAUCUACCAGUCAAUCACAGCAGCUAUGACUGAUGAAACCACGCUGAGCAGAUCUAAAGUCUAAACUUUAUAUUUCCCUUUGCUCCCAUGUGGACGGUUAGGCGUUAAGCUGUUACAUUCAAAUGCAGAGGCCUCUUUGAAACAUUUAUAUUUCAAUUUUGGAUAAGACUAGCCCUAACUUUAAGCUUACAGAUCAAACUAUUAAAUCAACUUCCAUCCAAAAGUUCAACGCAUCACCAAAGGAUACCUGUCUUUUACAUACAUAGAUAUGAGUAAAUAUUUAUAUAUAUUAUUCUAGAAGAUAUUUAUAAGUACAGAAGUCUGAAGGUCCAAUCACAUGCUUACUUUAAGUACACUGAUCAGACAUUAUCAGAAACGUCUUCCAUGUAAGACAAUAUGACUUCCUUAUCACACUCAUUAGAUGAAUGAUCAACCUGCAGAAAUAGUUAAUGAGUCACAUAUUCAGUUUUUCCUUAUUUCCAUACAGCUGCAGAAGUAAUAAAACUAUGCUUUUGGUUGUUUCGAAGUGGGGUUCUUUGGAAUUGACAGCAGUCAGUAUCCUACUUGUGGCUGUUGCUAUGUAUUUAUAAGAUAAGACUUAUCUGAGAGAUGUGGUUUAGUGUAUUUUAUAAACUUUAUCACUUAUCAUCAAGCAGUUACUUAAAAAAAGAUGUUAACCUCAAAAGACUAGAUAGCCAAGAAAAUAUAAAAAAGGAUAUUUUAAAUAUUAAUAUCUCCAUCAAAGUUAGAAUAGGGAUUUCUAUGUAGAAGUAUUUCUAAAUUACCUUUUAAACACACUUUCAUGUUAUACAUACCGGUAUUUCCAUUUUCAACAAAAAAAAAUGCCGGAAUGAUUUGAACUUAUUUACAAUGAGGAUUAAGCCAUCUCCUUUCUUUUAAAGCAAAUUACAACAUUCUCCCCCUAUAAAAUACACCUGAUUAGGUGGGCUAGGACAUGCCAUGGACUCAUUUUCACCAGUUUAUCUGGAAAACAUUAAAUGUCAAUAUCAUUUUAUUGGUUUUGAAUUAAAAGCUGUUUUAAAAUACUUUCUUGUUCCUGUUACCAUUUCAAAAUAACCACUUUGUACUCUGAAAACUCUGCUUCUUGGAAAGUACUUAGAUAUUCUAUCAGAGGAUAGAAAACAAGCAUAAGAUUCAAAACUGCAGGUUUUAAAGGAAAAUACUGACUGUAUUAAACAGUAUAUGGCUGUAUAAAAUAUAUGUAUAUAUAUCUGACAUUUUUACAAAAUUAAAACAAAGAAAUAAAGAUAUUAAACAACACAGUUCAUCUGCUUUCAUCUGAUCAUUUAUUGCCUCUCCACUGUACCGUCCCCACAACUCUCUCUGCUGCUCUUUCUGCUUAGUACACAGUUUAGCUGGAUGUGUCUCUCCUUCUCUAAAUCGGUAAAUGAUCACCAUUAACCCCCUUGAAAAGUAACACUAAUUCACAGACCUACAAUACACAAGAUAGUAAGUUAAUAAUACAUAGCUGGAAGUGAUGAGGCAUUGUCUUGUUGUGAUUACAACUUUUUCAUUUUUUUUUGUACAAAUGGAAGUCAUUUUUGUUACACUUAGUGCAUUGAAUGCAGUUGGCAGAAAUCACUGUCCAAAGGCAAUGUGACAUAAUAGAAGA